AAACACACACAUUACAAUUCCAUUGUUACUCUACCAAGCCUCGCCUUCUCUCUUCUUUAAUCACACACACACACACACACACACAAUCUACUCCUUUCUUUUGUCAAUCUCUCUUUUUGAAGGCCACAUAAAAAGCUUUUGAGUCCAUACCAUUCGAGAUUUGCAGUUUUUGAGAGGUUCUUGAAUGGUCCUGGCUUCUAGUCAUUGCAAUAGGUUCUGGUUUUGGAAGUUCUAACUAGUUUUUAGACCAAGUCUUUUUUUUUUCUUGUUGAAUUCACUAUCUAAAUUUGCAUUAAAGGCAAAUUUCUGGCUUCUGGGUAUAGGUUAAAAUAAGUUUUUAGAUUCAUUUCAAACUUCAUCUUGUGACCAAAUUCUGAGGGGGUUAGUGGGGGUUUAAUACUUCAAUCAUAAGAAAGUCGAGUUUCAAAGGAAAAUGAUUCAGUUCUACAAUGGGUACAACCUGUGGAAGUUGUGCUUGAUUCUUGGUAAAAGAUCUAGUGUUGAUAAGAGCUUUUAUUUUUGGAUUUUUCAAAUCUUUAAUAGAUACAGUCUGGGGACUUAGCAAGAAACCUUCCUCACUCUAUUCUGUUUACUCUGUUUUUUUUUUUUCCUGUUCAUUUCUUUUUAACUCUAGGUAGAUUGAGAUAAUGGGAGGGGCUUCAUUGCCACCGGGAUUUCGUUUUCAUCCAACUGAUGAGGAAUUGGUCGGGUAUUACCUGCAUAGGAAAGUUCUAGGGCUUGAAAUUGAGCUUGAAGUGAUCCCCGUGAUCGAUUUGUACAAAUUCGAUCCAUGGGAGUUGCCAGAGAAGUCAUUCCUGCCGAAACGAGAUAUGGAAUGGUUCUUCUUCUGUCCCAGGGAUCGUAAGUAUCCAAAUGGUUCGAGAACAAAUAGAGCCACUCAAGCUGGCUACUGGAAGGCUACCGGCAAAGACCGGAAAGUUGUCUGUCAAUCUGCCGUGACUGGGUAUAGAAAGACUCUCGUUUUCUAUCGCGGACGGGCUCCUUCAGGAGACAGGACGGACUGGGUAAUGCAUGAGUAUCGCCUCUGCGAUGAUCUUUCUCAAGGAUCACCCAAUUUUAAGGGAGCUUUUGCUUUGUGCCGUGUUGUUAAAAAGAAUGAGCAAGGUUUGAAGAUGAGUGACCCACAAGGUGAGCCUAAAGCCAAAAGGGUCGGAAGUAGUUCGAGCAAUGUGGAUUUCACCUCUGAUGUAGUCUCGAACGAGCCUUCGAACAUCUCAUAUGGCAUGUCUUCUCAAGCAAGUUACCUGUAUAACAAUGGGAAUCAAUUUUCAACUCCUAUUGCGUCUCCUUAUCAAGUCACAACAGUGUCAGAACUUGAGCCAGCUGCUUCAUUGGAAAGCAAUCCUCCAAGCCAUUGGAUCUCACCCGAACUAAUUCUUGAUUCCUCAAAGGACUAUCCGCAAGUACAUGAAGCUGCAUCUCAAUACUUUCCACAGUACGACUAUCCAAUCUCCAUGAAUACUUGGCAGCCAGACACACACGGAGAAUUCUCGCCGGGUUCAUCAUACUCGAAUUUUACAGGAGAAAUUGAGCAUGCCGAUGAUCUCAGUCACAUGGGGUUCAUGUCACCUUACUCAGAACAUGGAAACUACAUGGGUUUUGGUGGGAAUGAUGACACGCACUAUCAAGGAUCAGAGCAUUGGAACCAAGCUCCAAUUUGCAGGCAUGCAAGUGGAGAUGGGAGUUUGGGGGAAUAAGGCGGUCUUUGGUCGCAGGAAGACAACAUGGUGAUUGUGAUCUAUGGGUGUACCUCGAGCAAAACAAUCAAGAAGGGGGGUCUCCAAGACAACGCCUUUUAAUGUUUGUUCUUGGGAGGGAAAUAAAGAAUAAAUCCCUUUCCUAUGACCUGUGUUUGGUUAUGUUAUCUUACUUAGUAGUUAAAUGUUAUUUCAGUUCCUGUUUAUUUAGUAAGGCUGCACUCCCCCUCGGUGGUAAUCACUUUUAUAGAUUUCACUAGGAGUUGGUUAAUGUCAGUUUGAAUUGUCUACUCUAUGGCUUUAAGAAAUAAAAUAAGCUUCUUUCAUGGUAGAAGCUUUGAUGUUGUAUAAGCA